AUGAUCCAACCGGCACGAGUUCCUCACCCGGCCCAGGCUGGAAUCGUAAUUCGCGAACCUCCGCCGGAGGGGAGUGCGCCGCGCCCUGGUCGCCGCACAACCAGUGCUUCCCCGGCCGCCGGACAAUCUGGAAAACAGAAAGCAGUGCUCGCUGAACCUGCAGCCGAAGAUGCUUCUUCUUCUGAUGACGACGAUCCACAAACCGUCGCAGCUGCUCUAGCUCGCAAGCGCAGUCGCUCGGACCCUCGCGCUGACCCCUGGGCAGAAGAUGAACCACCAGCUGACCGAUUGGUUCGUCGCUUGCGGUCUGGAACCGCUGGGGAGGGCUCUUCAGCUGCUAGUCAAGGAACAACUGCUUCACAAGCGCCGGCGCCCGUGGGCCCUGAAAAUCUUCCACCUCCUAUCAACACCGUUGGCAACUCAGCCUCAAUUCCUGUGCAGAUCAUAGAGGACAGUUCACCCGAGCCGGAAGAGAAUGCACCCCUGCCAGAUGCACCGCCCGAGGAGCCGAUUGCUGUACAACCCCCGGCAGACGUAUCGCUCAAUCUUGAUCCCACCGCGGCAGUUGAAGACCCUGCAACAAUACCAACUACAGACGAGCCUCCAGCUGCACAAAGUAACGUCCCUGCUGAGGAGGUCGCUGUCGCUGAUCCCGCUGAUCCCGCUGAGCCCGCUGGUGAAAGCAUGGUGGCUCAAGAACCUGCCCCCUAG